CGCCUGCCAUAGCUUCUCUCUUUCUUCCAGAAACCUUCGCCAUGUUUGAAUACACAUCGGACUUUCUUGAACUUUUCAAGAGUUUCCCGGUCUCUGUCUCUAUACUAUGCGUUCUCCCGUUCGUUUUGCUUAGUGGACCGGUCUCGCCUGUAAGUGGGGCGUACGAAUUUCCGGUUUUUCGGAUGCAGCAGUUUGACUUACACCACCCGGCCGGCUCCCGAAGUGCUCUGGUAAACAUGGAGGCACGCCCCAUCUCUGGCUCUGCAUUGACCAGACGUUGUGUGGUGUCGCGCCUCUCCGAGCUGUCCAUAGACCGUGUCCGUGAGGUUAUUGAACAGGGGGCUGGUGGGCUUCUGAUUCUCCUUCCGCGAGAUCUCUCAAAACUCAACCAGCAGGAAGUGGAGGAGUGGCAAACCCUAGAGAAGGAGCUGCUGUCCCAGUCUGUUCCUGUGGCUGUGUAUUUUGCUUAUGAGGAUGACUACCUGUUGGAUGUGUACAAGCAUAUCAAGGUUGCCAUAAAUAGUGACCAGGCAAAGUCUGCUUUUGAAGCCCUUCUGGGUGUAACCUCGGCCAGUGGAUAUCAGCUCGUAUCCAGUGCUUCAGAGUCUAAAGCCAGGAAGGAUACUACAAUUACUAGUAUUCAGGGGAAGCUUGCUGGCAUGGGCGUGGAUGAAAACCUCCCUACUAUUGCCAUUGUCGCUCACUAUGAUACCUUUGGCAUUGCUCCUAGUAUUGCAAAUGGCUCUGACUCAAAUGGUAGUGGCGUGGUAGCACUACUUGAACUAGCAAGACUCUUUUCAAGACUGUAUGCUGAUCCUCAUACUCACGCCAAGUCACAUUUAGUGUUUUUGUUGUCUGGUGGAGGUAAAUUCAACUACCAGGGAACAAAGAAAUGGUUGGAGGAUGGUCUAGACAAUCCAGAGCAAAGUGUGCUGAAUGAUGUGGACUUUGUGCUGUGCCUUGAUAGUAUAGCCAAGGGUGACACCCUCUUCUUACACGUCUCCAAACCACCCAAGGAAGGCACCAAAGCCUUUGAUCUUGUUGAGGAAUUCAAACAUGUAUCAGAAGCCAUGUUCCCCCAGCUCAACUUUUCCACAGUCCAUAAGAAGAUCAACCUUGCUGAUGACACCCUGUCAUGGGAGCAUGAACGAUUCUCUGUGCAUACCCAGAGAUUGCCAGCAGGCACUCUGUCUCACUAUGAGGACCCCACAGCCACUGGCAGAGGCUCGAUAUUUGAUGUUAGGUCCCCUGCACAUGAUUCCAAGCUAGAGACAAAUAUCAAAUUCAUAGCAGAAACCUUAGCAAGACACAUCUUCAAUCUAACUCACAAGGGCUAUCCUCGAAAUUUAGAAGUUUUCCAAGCUGGCCUUGAAGUAGAUAGUGAGUUUAUCAAGACAUGGAUGGACUACCUUGGAUCACAACCAAGAGCUGCACAGCUUAUACAGAAGGACCAUCCAAUGUUGGCUGGACUAGAAACAGUUUUGACCAAAUUUGUGAAAGAUGUUAAAAAGAUAACAAUGAAGGCUGAUAAACGAGACCCUGAGUUUGUAUUCUACGAUCAAUUUGAAGCAAAGAUGUCAGCCUAUAGGGUCAAGCCGGCUAUAUUUGACCUGUUCUUGGCUUUUGGUAUAGCUGCAUACCUGGGAAUCUUCUAUCUAGUAAUGCAGAAUUUCCCUGUAUGGUCUGACCUACUUAAAAAGCAAGUGGGUACAUUGAAAGUGAAGCAGAUCUAACAGCUUGGUACUUUCAAAUGAUGCCAGAGAAGCGUGUUAUAGCUACAGAUAAAGCUAGACAAUCUAAACUCGAAACACAAAUGAACCCUGAUGAAGAACCAGGAGUUGGUGUCAAUGUGAGCUAGGACGUGCAGAAUACCAGUCGGACUCCCUUUGCUCGUAGAUGAGCGGUGAGGAAGCGUUGAAAUCUGGGCCGAGCAAGUGUGACGUCACAUCUCUUAACCACCACAGGGAACCCUAUCAGAACGCGUGGGGUUAGGCUGUCCUAGAUGCUUUUACUUGGCCUAACCUGGAGGAGCAUUAGCUUUUCUUAUCUUUUUUGUCACAAAGCCCUGAUUUGUGAGAAUAUGGGUUUGUAAGCUAUUCUUUGACCAGUCUUUUUGUAAUAAUAAUAAAAUGGAAUAUAAUAGUG